UUCAUGGAGGAAUGUCAAUGUAAACUGACGAUAACAGCAACAACAACAACAUACAUGCACGCGGAGCUUUUGUUAGAAACACAAAAACUAGCGAAUGUGAUGGAAAUAUAUGUGUAACGCGUGUGUUGACCUGACAAAAUAAGAUGGAAACCAGCAAAUCCAGGAAGAAAUGGACCAAGGAUGAUCCAGUGGUCCAAGUGCCUGUUGAUGUUCCGGCAGUUCGGGAAGAAAUCUUUCCCGGUCAUGAGGAGUACCUGAUGCUGCUGCAGGAAAAGAACAGGUUGAUAAAGAAGCUCCGUCAGAAGAACUCCCGCCAGAUCCAGAUCGAAAGAAAGGAGCAGGGUUUCGCUCUGUACGUGAAUGGCGCCAACGCCCAGCGAGACCUCCCCAUUGUGGCACCCACAGGGAAAAGUGCCGGCAAAGUCAAGUUGCCCAAGACAGCUGGAGAGAUGCGUCGGAACAUCUAUUUGAACGCACAAGACCUGAAGGAGCUGGGAGCUGAAGAACGCCGUGUUCAGGAAGAGAAGCAGCGAGCUCGCACUGCUCCCUCCAAGACUCGCAGGAAAGGCUGGAAUGUUGGGUCAGUGGACAUCACCACUGCUUCAGGGGACAAGAGGAAAGUCAGGGCACCAAAUAUUAUGACGGGCAACUACGAGGAUGACUUUGAGAUGGACGACAGUGGUGACUACCGUAGCUCUGGAGAUGAAAGAGACCAGAGGUAUGACUCUGACAGCGACCUGGAUGCUCGUGGCUGUGACAGCAGCCGUCCCUCCUCCAGCAGCAGCAGCAGGCCAGGCAGCAGUCGCAAAACGAGCUACCUGAAACGCAAGGCAGCCCAGAUACGUGAGGAGGAGGAGCUCAAUGACCGUCUGACUCUUACUCUGGCAGACGUUAGGAGAUUGCGGCAGAGCCUGGAGAUGAACGCCAGCAUCCGACAGAGUCUUGCCAGGGAAGUCAGCUCGGGCCUCCCCCAAUUGUCCGCCAACCCGUACAGGGCCCCUCCACGACGCCAGGACUUGAUACAGUUGAAGGAGGAGGAAGAUAUGGACCACGCAGCCACCAUCGAUGAAGAAGAGGAGGAAAUUGAGGAGGACCUGUCACCAGGGGGCAGCACUGGCCCAGACAGCCCGACCAGCCCCAUCAACAAUAUCAUGAAACCUAAUGAGACAAUCGUACUGGAGUUUGCCCCACUGCCAAGUAAAGGAAAAGUUGAAAGAAAUUUGUCUGCUGCACGAAAGAAAAACAAUGACAUUGAUGCUUCCCUCAAUCCCAAACAGAAGCCACGCCCCCUCCCGAGCCCCAAAGGCACCCCAUCCUCUACCCCCAGGGAUUUGCGGCUUCAGUCAGUGCCACAAUCCAAGAAGUCACUGAAGCCUCUGUCAGCGAACAGAAAGAGUGAUGACCAUCAUCUGGACUCCCGGGAGGAGGCGUCGGCAGUGUUACAGGCCCUACAGGAGGAGAACUCGAAAGCUGCUCGCUUCAACAAAGAUGUCAGUAAAAGUCCUCGUCCAGAGCUGCGGCCGAGUUCCAGUGAUCCUCAACGUUCCAAAUCCCGACUGUCAUCUCGCGGGUCUGCGGAGAAGUUGUCACCCACCAAAACCCAUUCAGCCGGGUCAGUGGAUCCUCAGGCCCUCACUGAUGAGCGUGUGUCAGAAAUAGUCACCAAGGUCAUGGUCAUGCCUCCGAAACAGCAGAGGCGACUCAUCAAAAUACUGGGCAAGUUGGACGAAGGGUCUUCAUCUGUGCAAUCCCCCACGUCACCCAGUAAAUCUACAAAGCUCAGUACCCCUCGUUCACACACUACAAACAAACAGAAGUCCUCUGGGGGCCAUCUUGAAGUCCUGGAGGUGAACAUGGAGAUCUUGUCUAACUGGGGCCACCCAGAUCGUGUGGGACUCACAGAAAUACAGUUCUUCAACUCCGACAAACAGCUGAUUCCGGUGCGCAUGUCUGACGUCAGUGUUCAUGGGGCUACUGGCUGCCGGACCUCUCGAGAUGUGCUGUUUAAUGGGAAACCCAAGACAACAAAAGAGAGGUACAUGUGGAGCUGUGAGUAUGAGGACGGGCUGUCCGUGGAAUUCGUCAUCACUCUUCACAACCCCUCACCAAACAAGCCUUUCUGUCUCUCCACCAUCAAGCUGUGGAACUACAACAAGAGUCUAAAUGAUUUGAAUAUAGGUGCUCGACACACCCGGAUCUUUGUAGGGGGAGAACUGGUGUUUGAUGGAGACAUUGAUAAGGGCUGUGGUAACCAAGCCUUUGACUACAGCAAGGUCGUUGACCUUAGUAACUCAGGGACAGAUAACUCAGUCAGGAAACUUCCGUCCAAGGAUUCUGUUAAUGGGCACAACAAACCCUCGGGAACACACUCCUCCCCAUCACCAAGACCCCCCUCAGGUCGACAUGAGACGAAGAAUAUACGCAGUGAGACACGGACCUUACAUCACAGCAGUGGGGACCUGAGGCGGCCAUCCGUGGGGUCUGACAGGUCACAGUCCAGCCCGGAGACUGAGGAGGAUGGGCUAAGGAUGCCUGAGAAGGGGCGUGUCAAGACUCCGCGGAAGCCGAAACGACUGGCAGCCCGUCUAGACGGACACAACUCCGAGACUGACACCUCCCAGUCUGUCGGUGACAGUCUGGAUCCCAAAAGUCCUCUGGGGCCCAUUAGAAAGAGCCCAAACAUGUCUGCCGACCAACCCCCUCCAGCCAGACCCAAGACUCUUGCCCCACUGGAGGAUGGGCGGGGAGGGACCUCACCCUCUCCCCGGAGGGCCACACCCAGCAAAACCCCCCUCCCUCGAGACAGUGAUGACACACCGAUGUUACAGAAACUGAAGGACAUGAACAUAAGUGAGUCAAAGAGGAAGAAGGAUGUGCCCACCUGGCUGAAUGCAGAGGAUGUGGAAGACCGCUUCAGGAGUCCUCCAGCCAGCAGGGCGGGGCACGUUGAGGGGAAGAGUCCCUCCCCCCAGCCAGGGAAGCCCGGGAAGAAGUCAAGAGUCGACCACCUCACUACAGUCCUGGACAAAGAUGGCAACCAAAGUACAGCUGCUUCCCCAUCUGCUGAGAGAGCUGAGGCGGAAGACCAGGCCAUGCCCAUGACGAGGAUACAGAAUAACCGCGCCCGGUGGCGGGCGUCACACGACAACCUGGAGGAGGAGUGGGGGUCUCUGUCACUGUUCAACAGACAGCAGCGUGGCCGCUUGUCCAUAGACAUGGGGGAUGGAGCAAUGGAGGAGUACUUGAGUGGCAUCAGGAAAGAUGGAGAAACAGCUGGUGAAACUGUUGCCCAGGAAGAUGCUGAUCAGGAUACGGAUUUUGUAAUCCCGGAGCUGCCCUAUGGUCAGGAGCUGGUAUUGAACAUCAAGACCACGUGGGGGGACCAGCACUAUGUUGGCCUCACCGGCAUCGACAUCUUCUCCAGCAAGGGAGAACCUGUCACCAUCAAACAGAUCUCAGCCAAACCGAAGGACAUCAAUGAGCUUCCUGAUUACCACAAAGACCCUCGAGUCAUCACCAACAUCAUCGACGGCGUUAACAGAACGCGGGACGAUGUGCACAUGUGGCUGGCGCCAUUCACCCCAUCUGGUGACCACAAAGUGUUUAUGACCUUUGAGAAACCCUGCAAGAUUGCCAUGAUCAGAAUCUGGAACUACAACAAGUCCCGCAUCCAUUCCUACCGGGGUGCAAAGGAUGUGACGAUGACCCUGGACAAGCAGCUCGUGUUUAAAGGAGAGAUCGCUCGGGCGUGUGGCGGCGUGGAGGGGGGAACAGAGGCCUUCGGAGAUACAAUUCUGUUCACAAUGGAUGAGGGUAUCCUUGAAGAGGUGUCAAAGAAUGACGAGGCAUACGAUGGAGACAUGCUCAGUGAUGACGAGGAAGAUGUCCCCUUCGAGAGGCCCAGCACAGCCGACAAUGAUGAGCGGCCGUUCACACGGGCAGCAGGAGGCCUCCUCAAGCAGCAACAGACUACUCCGAGACCAACCACCAGCAUGGUGACCUACGAUGGAGAUCUGGUUGUCUACAAGACCAAAAGGUUAGAACUCGAUUUCACUGCCACAUGGGGAGACAUGCACUACCUGGGUUUGUCUGGCCUGGAGAUUGCAGACAAGGAUGGGGAACCGAUUCCACUGAAGAUGUCCAUGGUGGUUGCCAACCCCCGUGAUCUGCACUGUCUGCCUGGACAUGAACGGGAUGACAGGACACUGGACAAACUGAUCAACGGCAACAACAUCACCCUGUCUGACGAGAAUAUGUGGCUAAUCCCCUUCACACCAGGAAACAGCCACACCAUCACCAUCAACUUUGACCAGCAGGUGCUUGUAUCAGCCAUCCGCAUCUGGAACUAUAACAAGACACCUGAGGACACCUACAGAGGCGCCAAAGUGAUGCACGUCAGGAUCAACGGGAAGCAGGUGUCUCCUGAUGAGGGCUACUUACUGAGGAAGGGUCCAGGAAACUGUCACUUUGACUUUGCCCAGGAAGUCAGCCUGUCCACUUCCCACCGGCCCCAGAACAGCUACCCACAGUCCUCCAGCUCGGCAGGCGUGGACUCCAGUAUAUCGUACGAGGUGGUGCAGAUGCCCUGUGGAUUCAUCUACCAGCUGCAGCUGUUCACAACAUGGGGAGACCAGUACUAUGUCGGCCUCAACGGCAUCCAGGUGUACGACUCCUGCUUCAACAUCAUACAACUCACCGACAACAAUAUUUCUGCCUUUCCUGAGAGCUGCAAUGUCCUGGACAACAUCAACAAUGAUGUGCGCACACCCGAUAAGCUGAUCGACGGCCAGAAUGGCACGACAGAUGGGAAACACAUGUGGCUGGCUCCUCUACUUCCCUCAAUAGUGAACCGGGUGUACAUCAUAUUUGACCAGCCCACAACCAUCUCCAUGAUCAAGAUAUGGAACUACAGCAAAACACCAAACAGAGGGGUCAAGGACUUUGGGUUGCUUGUGGACGACCUACUGGUGUACAAUGGGCGCCUCCAGGCGGUGACAACAGGCGCCCGCGGCAUCCUGCCCCACUGCCAGGGUCCCCAACAGUACCACACAGUGCUCUUCACAGAUAACAAGGAAAUACUAAAGAGGGAGAAGAACACCAUCAUCAGCAACCAGACAGAGGACCAGGACAUUCAACUGCUGAAUGACAAGCAGAUCGUCAGCAAGUACGCCAACCCCAAGUCAGCCCAGACUGGGAAACCUGUCAACCAGGCUCUCCGUCCCAAGACAAGUGUGCCACUGAAGAGGAAAUGAGACUGAUCUGCCGGCAGACAGUGGCUACACCUCGCUAUCAACCCACCAUGCGUUGCCUUCAUGACUGCUUUACAUAUCGUGCACUCAAUCAACCUGCACCGACUUCUGUAUAGUUGUGCAUAAUUUACUGUCAUAUUGUUAUCAACUUUACAGGAUGUAGUAAUCACAUGACAAAUGUUUUAAACUGUUCCUUAUAUUGUUGUGAUGGCUGUUUCUGUGAUAAAGUUAAUCAUGCUGCUGUGUGUUGGAGGCAGCAAGCACCUGUUGGACAUGCCCUGUAAGUGUAUCAGUCGAGAUGGGUGUUGGGUGAGGAAAAUAUGCAUAGUGGUGUUUGUCUCAAGGAAGGUGUCUGUGAAAUGUGUAGUGUUCUAUAAUUGGUCAUAAUAUUCAGAUUCAGAAUCUAUGAAUUGUAGAACAUCUAGGGAUGGCAGUCUGAUAAAAAGGUACAUUUUACACUCUCUCAACCCAAUAGUGUCCCAAGUAGUUGGUUAUAAUGGCUGCAGGGGCUGAACUGAGCUAGACUGUGAUGACACACCGGCUUGACUGACCAGCGUAUAUUCAUGCAAACCAGAAUAAAACAGUUGGAUUAAGAGUUUGGGAGUAACAUGUCAGACAUGUAUAGUUUUCUCAAAUGUCAAAAAAUAUUAGCAGUUUCUGCAUUGUUGAAAUCUGUAAGAAUCUGAUCUUAUCAUCCUAAGUAGACACGGCUUUCAUGCUUUUAUCACUGCUUCUUGAGACUGCUAUAGUAUAGAGUCUGAGACCUUUGUUUCACACUUUUGGAUUAACACAAACACGAUAAGUGAUGCUAGUUUAAUCUUAAAUGAGUCUGGUACAUAGAGUCCAAAUAUAGGUACACUUGUCAUAAAUCAUAUGUGAUACACACGAGUGUCACCUGCCCUUGCCAUUAGGCAACAAUAGUCUGAAGUGUGAGAUAAAUCCCUGUCAGCACUUCACAAACAGCCUACUGUUAGCAUGGAUUCCUAGCAAUGUCUGGCAAUAAGGUCAGUCACAGUUUGCUGUAUACGUUUACAAAUAGAGGCAAUAUUUUUUUACUGUUUACAAGAUAUUGAUGGUACCUGCCGUCCUGUAUAGCUUGUUAGGCCACAACCGAAGGUCUGUUUUACACAGCAGACUCUCAUUACAGCAGAUCUCGUUUCCGUCCAUGGAGAUAUUUGUCUUCACAUGCAGCAUUUUGUUACCACACUGUUUACUGGAAUUUGUUGACAUUUUACUUGAUGGUUGUGGCAUUAUGAUCGGGGGGAAAUAAUCUUUGCCAUACAAGAGGUUGGACGUUCUUUAGAAAAUCAUAAAUCAUGUUGGUAAUCAAGGAGAUGUCGGGGAGAAUUGAACAGAACAAUCAGUUAAAAUAACCUUGAAAAAUCGACAUCACCAUCUGUUACUGUUAGAAACAAUUUAUUGAUACAUGUAACAACUUCUUUAACACAAGAUUGUGGUUCCUCAGAGCUUCUGUUAUACAUGGCUUAAAUAUUGUUUGACAAUUUCAAAAGUUUCUCUCACAUCAGAUACAAAGUAAAUCUAUGGUCUCUGAGUCCAGGAUAUUUUAUCUAAAUGUAAUGGCAACAUAUUUCACGAGAGAAUUGCAAAUAGACAAAUACUGGCAUUUCAGAGAUCUUAAUGUUCCUAUAUUUUAACCUCAAUUAGUGAAUUAUCUAUCUGUUAAUAAAAGUUUCAUUCAUGUCAUUAUUUAUUUUUUUUCAAGAGAUGAUUUACAGUAGCUUUGUCCAUUGAUGAGCUGUUUUUAUCCAAGCUUUUAACACUACAUGCUUGUUUUCCACAGCUGUCUGUGGGAUGAUUGAUCAUUGAAUAUAUUGUCUGUCCUAACGUGUAUGUCAGAAUUCCAUUCCAUUUUCAUGAAGCAUACAUGUCUUGUUAUUACCUCCCCUGGAGGAUGUCAGUGAGGAAUAAACUCUACCUCUCA